GGGACUGACUCUGUUGGAGAAAUGGCAAUGACGUCUCACCACAUGAUCACCAUGUUUGCCCUGAUGAGCUCCUGGGCUUCUGCAGGUCCAGAGCCCAGCACCCAGUGUGAACUGUCACAGAUCAAUGCCUCUCAUCCUGUCCAGGCCUUGAUGGAGAGCUUCACUGUUCUGUCUGGUUGUGCCAGCAGAGGCACAAUUGGACUGCCACAGGAGGUUCACAUCCUAAACCUCCGCACUGCAGACCAGGGAGCAGGCCAGCCACAGAGGGAGGUUACGCUGCAUCUGAACCCCAUCUCCUCAGUGCACAUUCACCGCAAGCCUGUUGUGUUCCUGCUCAACUCCCCACAGCCCCUGGUCUGGCAUCUGAAGACAGAGAGACUGGCCACCGGUGUCCCCAGACUUUUCCUGGUGCCAGAGGGGUCUAUGGUCCAGUUUUCAUCAGAAAACUUCUCCUCGACAGCAGAAACAAAAGAGAAGAGUUUCCCUCACAGAAACGAGCAUCUGCUAAACUGGGCCCGGAAGGAGUAUGGAGCAGUGACUUCAUUCACCGAACUCAAGAUAUCGAGAAACAUCUACAUUAAAGUGGGGGAGGAUCAAGUAUUCCCUCCCACAUGCAACAUAGGGAAGAAUUUUAUCUCACUCAAUUACCUUGCUGGGUACCGUCAACCCACACCUGCUGAAGGUUGUGUCCUGUCCACUCAACCCCAGGAGAAGGAAGUGCACAUUAUUGAGUUAAUCACCCCCAACUCGAACCCUUACAGUGCCUUCCAGGUGGAUAUAGUCAUUGACAUACGACCUGCUCGGGAGCAUCCUAAGGUGGUUAAAAACCUCAUCCUGAUCUUGAACUGCAAAAAGGAUGUCAACUGGGUGGUCAAAUCCUUUGACGUCAAGGGAAACCUGAAAGUUAUUGCUCGCAACAGUGUUGGUUUUGGAAAAGAGGGUGAAACAUCCAUGACAGUGACCAAAUUGGUAAGAGAUGACAUCCCUUCCACCCAAGAGGAGCUGAUGAAGUGGGCAUGGGACAAUGGCUACAGUCCAGUGACGUCAUACACAAUGGCGCCUGCAGCUAAUAGAUUUCAUCUUCGGCUUGAGAACAAUGAGGAGAUGAGAGACCAGGAAGUCUGUACUGCUCCUCCAGAGCUUCAGAUCCUGCUGGGCCCUGGCCACCUGCCUAGGCCGGACAACCCACCCAUCCGGGGAGGGGGAGGCCAAAAUGGAGAUCUCCCCUUUCCUUUCCCGGAUAUCCCCCGGAGAGGCUGGAAGGAGGGAGAAGACAGGAUUCCCCUUCCAAAGGACCCUGCCUCUGCCGGUGUUCCACUGUUCCCUGACCACAGAGAGCCAGAAGAGGCGCAAGGGAGUGUGGAUGUGGCUGUGUCAGUCCAGUGUGACAGCGAAAAGAUGACUGUAGCUGUGGACAAAGACUCCUUCCAGACCAACAGCUACUCAGGGAUGGAGCUCACCCUGUUGGAUCCUUCAUGCAAAGCCAAGAUGAAUGGUACCCACUUUGUUUUGGAGUCUCCCCUGAAUGGCUGUGGCACUCGACACAGGCGGUCAGCCCCUGAUGGUGUGGUUUACUAUAACUCGAUUGUGAUACAGGUUCCAUCCCCUGGGGACAGCAGUGGCUGGCCAGAUGGCUUAGAGGACUUGGAGUCAGGUGAAAAUGGAUUCCCAGGAGAUGUAGAUGAAGAGAUCGCCCCGCUGAGCCAAGCUGGAGUUGUGGUGUUUAACUGCAGCUUGCGGCAGCUGAGGAAUCCCAGUGGCUUCCAGGACCAGAUCGAUGGAAAUAUCACCUUCAACAUGGAGCUGUACAACACAGACCUCUUUCUGGUGCCCUCCCCUGGGGUCUUCUCUGUGGCAGAGAACGGACGUGUUUAUGUUGAGGUAUCUGUCACCAAGGCUGACCAAGAACUGGGGUUUGCUAUCCAGACCUGCUUUGUCUCUCCGUAUUCAAACCCGGACAGGAUGUCUGAUUACACCAUCAUUGAGAACAUCUGUCCAAAAGAUGAGUCUGUGACAUUCUACAGCUCCAGGAGAGUGCACUUCCCCAUCCCCCAUGCUGAGGUGGACAAGAAACGUUUCAGCUUUGUCUUCAAGCCCAUGUUCAACACCUCCCUGCUCUUUCUACAGUGCGAGUUGACACUGUGCACCACAAGAAAAGGUCCCCAGAAGCUGCCAAAGUGUGUGACACCUGACGAGGCUUGCACCUCUCUGGAUGCUGCCAUGAUCUGGACCAUGAUGCAGAAUAAGAAGACAUUUACAAAGCCCCUGGCUGUGGUCCACCAAGCAGAUUAUAAAGAAAAUGUUCCAAACACUAAGGAGUCCAAUCCAGUUCCUCCUCCUCCUCCUCCUCCACAGAUUUUCCAUGGUCUGGACACACUAACUGUGAUGGGCAUUGCAUUUGCAGCAUUUGUGAUUGGAGCCCUCCUGACAGGGGCCUUGUGGUACAUCUAUUCCCACACAGGGGAGACAGCACGAAGGCAGCAAGUCCCCGCCUCGCCACCAGCCUCGGAAAACAGCAGCGCAGCCCACAGCAUCGGCAGCACUCAGAGCACUCCCUGUUCUAGCAGCAGCACAGCCUAGCCAAAGCCAGGUGCCUGCUGCAACUGCCAG